UAGCCUUAAGUGUAUAAUCUAUGAUUUUAGCUUACAAUUUUCAAAAUACAAAAGUACAAAACGUAGCUCCUAAUAGCUAGUUGAGCUUAUUACUAAAAACUAAGUGGUACCAAAAAAGAAAAGAAUGUAUUAGACAUAUUCAGUUUGUUUCUUAAAUCUUUGGUCAUGUGGGACACAAACGCAUAUUUGAGCGCAUUGACGCCUAAAUUCUAUGUAGCAUUAACAGGCACUUCGUCUUUGAUAUCAGGACUCAUUCUUAUUUUCGAAUGGUGGUAUUUUAGAACAUACGGUACCUCAUUUAUAGAACAAGUAUCGCUAUCACAUCUUGGACCAUGGUUAGGUGGCGGCAAUGAGACGGAUAAUUCAAAUACUAAUACAAACAAUACAGCUAGUAAUGAAUGCAAAGUUUGGCGGAAUCCUAUGGCUUUACUGCGAGGCGCUGAGUAUGGGAGACUUUGGAGUGCCGCAAGGCGAGCUCCACUCACCUAUUACGAUAUGAAUUUAUCAGCUCAAGACCAUCAGGCCUGGUUUAGCUGUGGAGGAGAUCAAAGUCCUGUGGAAGAAGCAAUGAAUCGUGCAUGGCGUGAACGUGAACCUACAGCCCGUGUGGCAGCUGCUCGCACUGCACUAGCUAGAGAUCCAGACUGUGCUGCUGCAUUGUUGUUACUGGCAGAGGAAGAUUCACCGACAGUACAAGAGGCUGAACGUGUACUGAAGAGAGCUUGGCGAGCAGCUGAGGCGUCUUGGAGAGCGCACGCAGCCGCUGGAUCUGCAUAUGCUAGCGCAGCCCGACGCGACGCGGCCGUGCUAGCCCACGUCAAGCGUCGAGUUGCUAUGUGCGCUCGUCGUCUCGGCAAACUCCGCGACGCCGCUAGAAUGUUCCGCGAACUAACGCGAGAUGCUCCUCCCGCCCUCCACGCAAUGUCACUCCAUGAAAACUUGAUAGAGGUGCUGUUGGAGCAGAGGCUGUAUGCGGACGCGGCUGCUGUUGUUGCGAGAUUUGAAGACGCAGGUGCUCCGCCUUCAGCAGCGUUAUUGUACACGGCCGCGUUGUUGAGAGCACGUGCUGCCGUCGGCGUUGGUGCACGUCCCGGAGCAGAGGUCAUUGCUCUGGAGGCAAUACGUCGCGCUAUCGAGUUCAAUCCUCACGUGCCCGAGUACCUAUUAGAAUUGCGCGCUUUAACUUUACCACCUGAGCACGUGUUGCGUCGCGGCGACAGCGAAGCGGUCGCGUACGCGUUUUUCCACUUGCGACACUGGCGGAACGCGGAGGGCGCGCUGCGGCUGGUGGCGGCGGCGUGGGCGGGCGCGGAGCGGGCGGGCGCGGGGGCGGGCGCGGGGUGCGCGGCGUGCGCGGACCGCGAGCUGCUUGCGCCGCACCACGCCAUGUCCGCAUUCCCGCGCCGCCGCGCCGCGCUCCUGCCACUGGCGGCAGCGCUGUGCGCGGGCUGCGCCGUGCUGGCGCUGGCGGCGCACCGGUGGCCGGCGCAUGCGCACGCGCUUCUCGACCCGCGCCGCCUGCACUCCCUGUUGGCGGCCGUCUGAUCGCUGUGGCCGGACGCGCCGGCUUCAGACACAGAAAACUGAACUUUAAGUUUUCUCUCACUGUGUUUAUUUGAACUAUUCUUUUUUAUAAAGAAAUGUGGGUUAAAUUAUCACGUUGACUACCGUGUAGGUGGUCCCCGGUGCCCUACGUGGCGCACUGAAGUAACUACGUCGAUUUUAAAGUGAAACUUUACAUCGUCUCAAACUUUUUCGCCUGCGUGUUGCAUGUCGCGUGACGGUCGGCCGCGGAGUAGGGAUAAAGUGAAAGGCGCUCGUCAGAGCAGCCAAGGCCAAUAUGGCGGCGCCUACAGUUCGACGCAGCUGACCGUGUAGUGUAUAGACUAUUACUCAUUUGUGCAAGUGCUCUACGCAAUUUUGUUUGUUUUUGUCAGUGUUUAAUGUAAAUGUUGUUUGUCAGAGUUAAAUGUCUAUAAUGUGAAAAAAAAGUUACAUUUUUACCGUGGUUUCAUAAAAUCACACAAUCCUUUUUUUUGUGACUAAGGAACCGGGAUUGACCAAAUUUGCCUACUUUUGUUUGUUAAUGUAUGUUUUGGUCUUGUAAGUCUCUUAGAAAUAGAUUGUUUCUCAGCAUCGGUCGGUUUCGUCGCACCCAGAGUCUACUAUAGAUAUUUCGGCGUCUUAGUAAAAAGAGUCUUGAAGAGAGAAACCGAAAUAAUUACUUCAGUGCGCCCCGUAGGGCACCUGUGACCUACACGACAGUUUACGUGUUAAACAAAAUCUCUUGUGACUUUUAAAAGGUUUUCUCACUGUUUUUAUUUGAACUAUUUGUUUUUUGUAAAGCAUUAUGGCUUGAAUGAACGAAGUCUCUUUGACUUUUAAAACUUUUAGUUCCGAUCGAUCAUCAAAUGCAUCUAAAACGUCGAAAGUUUUUAGUGAGUAUUGAAAAUAAAUCGGCAAGUGAAGUUUAGUGGUUCGACAAAAACAAUUGUGAAAUAUUAAUUGUAGACUGUAGUGUUUUGUGGUAUUUGUCUCAGUCCUAGUGAUGUUUCUGAAUGGGCUAGUAUUUAUUGAAUGUGCUUAUUUGACGUAAUAAUUAAUAAUUUAACGUAAUAAAAUACUAAUCGAAUAUCUUA